CUCCCCCAUUUUUUAUAAGUUCGGUUUUCAGUAUUCACUUCAUUAUUGCUACUAUUAACUUCAAAUUGAAGUUACUGUGAAGUGACAAGUUUCAUGAGUUUUGAAGCCGAGUGAAUGAUCUUGAUGGUCGAGCAGAGCUGGCUGAGAGUAUGGAUUUCUGCUGUUCUUAGGGUUUUGAAUUGAAUUGGAUGGAAGGGUUUGGUUUUUUCGAGAAUGGUUAAUCUGAAAGAGUAGAUUCUUUCUUUCUUUUUUAAUUUUAUUUUUGGAUUAUUUUUACUGUUGGGGAUUUAAUGUUAAGGACUGAUAGAAUGGCUUCGGAUCUUAGUAGAACUGGACCUGUUGAAAGAGACAACGAGCAGCAGGCCAUCACAGCUUUAAAGAAAGGGGCUUACCUGCUCAAGUAUGGAAGAAGGGGAAAGCCAAAGUUCUGUCCCUUUCGUCUUUCCAAUGAUGAAUCUGUUUUAAUAUGGUUCUCUGGGAAAGAGAAGAAACUUCUCAAACUAAGCGAUGUAUCUAAAAUCAUAUCUGGGCAGCGCACACCAAUCUUUCAAAGGUAUCCACGCCCUGAGAAGGAGUAUCAGUCAUUUUCUCUCAUCUAUAAUGAUAGGUCACUGGAUUUGAUUUGCAAGGAUAAAGAUGAAGCUGAGGCAUGGUUUCAUGGUUUAAAAGCAUUAAUUUCACGCAGUUGUCCCCAAAAAUGGAGAACAGAAUCGAGGAGUGAUGGAAUUCUGUCUGAGGUUAACAGCCCUAGGACUUAUACUCGCAGAAGCUCUCCCUUGAAUUCUCCAUUUAGUAGCAAUGACAGUUUGCAGAAGGACGCAGACCACCUUCGCAUUCAUAGUCCAUAUGAAAGUCCCCCCAAGAAUGGUUUGGAUAAAACAUUUUCAGAUGUGGUAUUAUAUGCUGUUCCUCCAAAAAGUUUUUUCCCCUCAGACUCUGCUAGUGGUUCUGUACAUUCUUUAUCAUCUGGCUCGGACAGUGUACAUGGUCAUAUGAAGGCAGUGGCAAUGGAUGCUUUUAGAGUUAGCCUAUCAAGUGCUGUUAGCUCAUCAAGCCAAGGUUCUGGUCAUGAUGAUGGUGAGGCGUUGGGGGAUGUUUUCAUUUGGGGUGAAGGGACGGGGGAUGGUGUACUAGGUGGUGGUGGAACUCAUAGAGUUGGAAGUUUUUUUGGUGUAAAAAUGGAUUCUUUGUUGCCUAAAGCCCUGGAAUCUGCAGUCGUACUUGAUGUCCAGAACAUUGCCUGUGGUGGACAACAUGCAGCCUUAGUGACCAAGCAAGGAGAGAUUUUCUCAUGGGGUGAGGAAUCUGGCGGCAGGCUUGGGCACGGUGUGGACUCUGAUGUUUUGCAUCCCCAGCUUAUUGAGUUCCUCAAUAAUACAAAUAUUGAGUUCGUAGCAUGUGGGGAGUACCAUACAUGUGCUGUCACACUUUCUGGUGAUCUGUACACAUGGGGUGAUGGAACAUAUAAUUUUGGUCUUCUUGGACAUGGAAAUGAAGUAAGUCACUGGGUCCCAAAAAGAGUGAGUGGGCCCUUGGAAGGCAUACAUGUGUCAUCCAUCUCUUGUGGACCCUGGCAUACAGCAGUUGUGAGCUCUGCUGGGCAACUGUUUACUUUUGGUGAUGGCACGUUUGGUGUUCUGGGUCAUGGAGAUCGAAAAAGCAUUUCAUUACCAAGGGAAGUGGAAUCUCUUAAGGGGCUCCGCACUGUUCAGGCUGCCUGUGGUGUUUGGCAUACUGCUGCAGUUGUAGAAGUCAUGGUUGGAAAUUCAAGUUCCAGCAAUUGCUCUUCAGGGAAACUGUUUACCUGGGGCGAUGGAGAUAAAGGACGACUUGGGCAUGGUGACAAGGAAGCAAAGUUGGUUCCUACAUGUGUUGCUGCUCUUGUUGACCCCAAUUUUUGCCAAGUUGCAUGUGGACAUAGUCUGACAAUUGCACGAACAACAUCUGGUCAUGUGUACACAAUGGGCAGUCCUGUUUAUGGUCAGUUGGGUAACCCACAAUCUGAUGGAAAGCUCCCAGCUCGUGUUGAAGGAAAACUCUCCAGGAGUUCUGUUGAGGAGAUUGCUUGUGGUGCUUAUCAUGUUGCAGUUUUAACUUCAAAAACUGAAGUUUACACCUGGGGCAAGGGAGCAAAUGGAAGACUCGGUCAUGGGGAUACAGAUGAUAAAAAUUUGCCAUCUUUAGUGGAAGCCCUAAAAGACAAACAAGUAAAGAGUAUUGCUUGUGGUACUAAUUUCACUGCAGCUAUCUGCCUUCAUAAAUGGGUUUCUGGUGUUGAUCAGUCUAUGUGUUCUGGCUGCCGCCUACCACUUAAUUUCGCAAGGAAGCGGCAUAAUUGUUAUAAUUGUGGACUUGUUUAUUGUCAUUCAUGCAGCAGCAAGAAGUCUCUCAAGGCUUCAAUGGCACCAAAUCCAAACAAAGCUUAUCGUGUCUGUGAUAAUUGCUAUAACAAACUAAGAAAAGCAAUUGAGACUGAUGCUUCUCAGUCUUUUGUGAGUAGGAGAGGCAGUGUCAAUCAAGGGCCAGGCGAGUUUAUUGAUAAAGAUGAGAAGUUGGACACCAGAUCUCGUGCACAACUUGCUAGAUUUUCAUCAAUGGAAUCCUUGAAGCAAGCAGAAAGUCGGUCUAAGAGAAACAAAAAACUUGAAUUCAAUAGUAGCAGGGUUUCACCUGUUCCAAAUGGAGGCUCCCAGUGGGGAGCGUUUAAUAUUUCUAAAUCUUUCAACCCAAUGUUUGCUUCAUCCAAGAAGUUUUUUUCUGCUUCUGUUCCUGGAUCAAGAAUUAUUUCUCGAGCAACAUCACCAAUAUCAAGACGACCUAGCCCCCCUCGAUCAACAACGCCAACCCCAACCCUGGGUGGACUUACCUCACCAAAAAUUGUCAUGGAUGAUGCUAAGAGAACAAACGAGAGCCUUAGCCAAGAGGUUCUUAAAUUAAGAGCACAGGUGGAAAAUCUUACUAACAAAACCCAGCUUCAAGAAGUUCAGCUGGAAAGAAUUACCAAAGAGCUGAAUGAAGCAUUAGCCAUUGCUGGAGAAGAGACUGCUAAAUGCAAAGCAGCAAAAGAAGUGAUCAAGUCACUUACUGCUCAAUUAAAAGACAUGGCUGAAAGGCUACCUGUGGGAGCAGCCCGGAGCAUCAAAUCACCUUUGUUUGCUUCAUUUGGCUCCAGUCCUACUUCCAACGAUGUUUCUACUAUUGACUGUUUGAAUGGUCAAAUCACAUGCCAAGAAUCAGACACAAAUGGAUUGCAUGGCCAGUUGCUUUCUAAUGUUUCAAGCACCACCAGUAACCGCGGUGCAGGUCACAACAAUCAAGGCCACUUGGAAGCAACAAUUAAAAAUGGAAGCAGAAACAAAGAAGGUGAAUUGCGUCAUGAAGCUGAAUGGGUUGAGCAAGAUGAGCCCGGUGUAUAUAUAACACUAACCUCCCUACCUGGAGGCAUCAAGGAUCUUAAGCGAGUGCGCUUCAGUCGAAAGAGGUUCAGUGAGAAACAAGCAGACCAAUGGUGGGCAGAAAAUAGGGCAAGAGUAUAUGAACAGUACAAUCUCCGUAUGAUUGACAAGUCAAGUGUUGGUGUUGGGAGUGAGGAUUUGGCUCAUUAGCAUGCAGAAACAAUCUCUGUAGAUGGAACCUAGAUUGUUUUCCAGUUUUGAGCUCCACUUUAAGGAUGGGCAUCUCCACACUAAUUAGUUUUGCUUCCAUCCUUCUAAUGAGUUUAGAAAAGCAAGUAGCGAGGAUUGGUGUCGGCGAGAUAGCUCUAGAAAAGUUUGAUUGUCUUCUUUUUUACCCUUCAUAAUCUUUUUUUCACCUUGUAUUGAUUUUUUUCAUGGUUUCUAAUUUUUUCCCUAUAUGUACGUUGUGUGGGGAUUUGAGGGUGAGAAAUGUAAAUUCCUAGUAGGUUGCUGCUCAUGUUCAAGAAAAUAUCAGAUGCCAUGUAAAUUCACAAGAGAACGCGCUACAGAAGUUUUCUUUUAUCCGGUUCAUAAAUUCAUCUCAGGCUUGUUGAAAGCAGAUGCCAUGCCGUGUACAUUCAUAAUCGAAUGCCACUUCCAGUUGCCUUAUUUUGUUCUAGCUUCUAAGAUCAUCAUGAUUUACUGUAAGUCUCAAAUGUAUUGCAAACGAAAUUGAUUAAAUUAUUGGUAUUGCAUCCUCAAUUUGAGUUUCUGGGUA